ACUAAGAGGCCAGGUAUGUGGUGUCUGACUUAUCGCAAACAAAUGAAACUUUAUUGUGUUGUGUUGACUACUCUGUGUAGAAGAAACUAUUCCGGACUGGUUAUAGCCCUACAAAUAUGUGGUCCAGUGAGUCACUGAUCAUGUGGUCGAUAUAAAGCAGAAGGAAUAAAUUUACAUCACGAAAUCGAAACAAACUAAUCUGGAAUGCAAAACAAAAGCAAAGCAUAUUAAGUUUCCAUUUCGAUUAAACACACACGCACACGCACACAGGCAAAGCAUGUUAAGUUUCCAUUUCGAUAAAAAAUCGAACCGGUCAAGACGUUCGGGGAAGGAGCUGCGAACGGUACUGACGGCUAUAGGACAGAAUGGCAGGUGCCGUUUCUAAAAUAAUUUAUGAAAACCUGUGCGAAAAUGAAGGAUGUUUGGAGUUCGGGAAAUUUAUAGAAGUUCUUCGAAAUCGUCGUAUCACAGUUGACCACUCGGUCCUUCUCAAAACUGUAUCUGACAAUGGGAAAUUUGCGGUUUCAUUGGCCAAGGAUAUAAAUUCAGGCACUCUGGUAGUGGCAAAAACACAGCUGAGGGUCUGCCAGAAGGUGCAGGGAGAGUGUCUGCAGUGCAACCACCUGCACUUGUGCAGGUAUUUUAUAUGCGGCAACUGUAAAUAUGGAAAUAAAUGCAAGUAUUCCCACGACCUGGCUUCUACACACAAUCUAGCCAUUUUGAUUGAAGCCGGCCUAAACAAUCUAACUGGAAAAGAGCUCUUCCCAUUAUUACUGCAAAACGAUGCCUACUUGCUUCCUGAGAUAUGUUCACAUUACAACCGGGGCCAUGGUCAGCAUGGUAUCUGCAAGUUCCCAAACUCUUGCAUCCACCUCCAUGUCUGUCAGCACUUUCUCCAAGGUGACUGCAAGUUUGGAGAAAAGUGUAGAAGGGAGCAUUCCUUCAACAAUCAGGUGCUGAAGAUCCUGAAAGGCAGAGGUCUCAGCGAUGACAAAGAAAUCCUGGGCAAACUCUACCGCGGCAAAUCCAUCAUCAAGCAGCCACCGCCUAAUCUUGAAAAUCUUUUAGCACACCCAGAGGUGACGGACAAUCUGUCAAUCAGAAGCCUCCAGAAAAGGUCCACCACCAGUGAUACUUCUGCUGCCCCCCCAACCAGUGAGGCAGACCGUAAUGAAAUCUGUCUAUACUUUCUACGCCGACAAUGCCGCUUUAAAGACAAGUGUGUCCAGGUGCACUACCAGCUACCUUACAGGUGGCAGGUGGUCCAGGAUAGCGUUAGCUGGAUCGAUAUGCCUAACAUGGAGGACACCGAGCGGGCCUACUGUGACCCUAACAAUGCAUUCAAACAUCUUGGGGGAACCGUCCGACGUUUAUCCACGGUGUCCUCUGUCUCCAAGCCCCACGACUUCACCCUCACCACUGAUUGGCUGUGGUUCUGGGAAGAUGAUGACGGGAGCUGGGUGGAGUACGGGAAGGACAAGGUUGGUGAGGCUGGUGGAAUUACUGCUUCUGUCAAUUCUGGAACUUUGGAGCGUGUCUACCUAUCAGAAAAAGAAAUGGAUUGUUUCAGUGCAGGUGGAUGUAAUUACAUCAUCGACUUCAAAGAGAUGCGCCAGCAGAAGGUGAAGUCCGGAGCCCAGAGAGAGGUCCGCAGACGGCCUCGCUUUGUGUCCACACAGGAGGUGCAGGAUAAAUUGCGAGGGUAAUCUCCAUUUAUUCUGCAUUGAGAGAAAAAAAACAUUGUAUCAAAGACAAAAUAUCAGUAAAUGCCAUUAUACUUUACAAAAUGUCUUAUUAAAAUUGCAAAGUGCGAUAUAUAUUUCUACUAUUGUUGACAUUUGCGGCAGGCACGUUCAUGUGGCAUAAAAAAGUGCUUUUUUACAUAUAAUAAUCUAACUGAUGUUUAAGGGAAGCCAGGAGAGACCUCAACGGUAGUUUGAUCCCCCAAACCGGCAUUGGCCUUUAAGAAUGUAAUGUGUUUCAGUAGUUGUAUACCGAAUGAGAACACUGCGUGAUGUGUUGUAUCUAUGAAACAGCAUCAACUAAGACAAAUGGGAACGCGAUUGAUUGUCUCUCUCUCCCAUUGUUGAUUUUAUACAUAUGAGUUCAAUUAUAACAUUUAAUAUAAACAUGCUAAGUACUAACGAUUAAUUUAUCUUUUCCUGGAAUUGUAUCUCAAUACUGUCACAUGAUGGGAUUAGAGUGUAAUUGCAUUUUUUUUUUCUUAUAUUUGCUA